CGCAGAUGGAAGCCUUUGAGCAAACCCGAACAUUUGUAUUCCAAAGCAAGGCACUUUGUAUAGAGUACAUCUAUUCACGACUCGCUCGAGAGGGGUUGAUCUACCCAGUUGUGGAAUAUGAACAUCUAAAGUCAAGUGGAACACCUGAAGAUGUUUUCGCAGUGCUCCUGAAAUUAGGUGAUGAAUUGGAGAGCAUGCAUCCAUAUAUUUAUCGUGAUGUGGCAAAGCAGCUGAACAUUUUGGUUGAUGUAGAAAGCAUGGUGUCCGAUGCAUUUUUCACUGUUGCAAUGGAGAUAUCGUCCUCUGGAAUGACAUGGGGGAAAGUGGUGGCUGUUUAUGCAUUGGCAGGUGCUUUGGCUGUGGACUGUGUAAGGCAAGGCCAAACAGAUAUGAUUUACACUAUAGUGGAUAGCAUGGGAGUGUUUGCUUACAAGGGCCUUGCUCCGUGGUUGAUCCAGCAAGGUGGAUGGGUGGAAAUUACUAAUUGUAUAGUAAAACCUGCCCCGAACCUACAGUCAUACUGGUUGAACAAUAUUAUAAUUUCCUGGAGAAACAUUUGGCAGAUUAUCUUCAUUAAACUGACGAAGGCAUGGUGAGAAUGAACGGAAGUGGAGAGAAUUCUUCUGAGAAUGAACUGAACUUCAGAGAAUUCAUCCCUGACAACAUCCACUGAACACUAAUUAUGACUGCUCCUAGUGAUCAUAUUUGGGGUCUAUAGGGAAGCUUUUUUUCCCCUGUCAUCAACUUCCUGAAUUUUUGGUCAACGAUUCCUGGGACACCGAGGGCACUUUUACAGAAAAAAUUUGUUUGGUCUCUGGGGGCCACUCCUUCUAGUUUUCAAGUAUUUCACAAUGUUUUUCACAGAUGCCAUUGUUUUCUGAAUGAAGUUCAAGAUGCCUAUCUUACUGUAAAGAUGAUGUAUAGCAUUUAAUAAUGUUGAGUGUAUGUAUCUUUUUCAAAUUAUGGAGAUUGUUUUUGAAAUGCAAGAACUUUGGUCAAGGGGCAUAGCUUAAAGGCCCCCUAUGCAACAUUUUCAACUCAAUAAAACAGUUUAGAAAUCAU